AUGUUAAAUAGAUUAGAAAAUCUGCCAAAUGAAAUUCUACUUCUAAUAUUAAAGUAUAUAAGAUGGUUCGAAAUGAUUGAAUCAUUUUGGUCAUUAAAUAAACGCUUUAAUGAUCUUAUUUAUGUAAAACUUUCAAUGACUAAUUAUGGAAUUGUUAUUAGUGAAAAAUGUUUCUCUUUCGAUCAUUCAAAAAUUCUUCGUUUCGUUAAUUUAAAGAAGAUUAUUCUUAAACAAUGUUAUUUGACGAUAAAAUUGAUUGAAAAUUUAUCAUUUCUUAUUCAAUAUCAAUUGGAUGUAUUCAUUUUUGCGUUUGAUACAGAUAUAUUUGAAUUGAUUGAUUAUGAAAGAAGAUCUCGAAUAAUUCGUCAUAAUGAAGACUCGAAAUUGAUGCUUAUGUUCAAAGAAUUUCUACGUAAAUUGUUUUCUGAUAAAUGUCAGUUAACAUCUCUUGAACUUGAUAUACCAGAUGAUCAUAAUUAUAAUGGUAUUUAUGAAUGUCUUUCAAUAAACAAUCCAGUUAUUAUUCAUUGUAUCACUCUUCGUCAUUUACAUAUUCAUUUAAUUUAUGGUUAUUUUCUUGAAGACAUUAUUAAAUAUGUACCUGCUCUUCAAACUCUUUCAGUUACAUUCAAAGAUUCGUUAAUGCAAAAACAGUUAUAUGAGCCGAAGAUGAAACGAUUUAUACCAAUUAAUUCCAAUUGGUAUGAAAAGAUGCCAAAAUUAAAAUCUUUUAGUUUAAAAAGUAUUAUAUUGAAUGAUUGUGAAUUAAAUUAUUUAAAGUGGAUAAUUAAUAAUGUAUAUCACGUUGAAAAGUUGAAAAUUGGUUUAGUUAUAAAAAAUGAAACGAAUGAAAAUAAUAUUAUUGAUAUAAAUUAUCUUCGUAAAAAUAUAAUGCCUGAUAUAUUAAUUAAUUUGCUUGAUUUCGAUUUUUAUAUUGUAUCGAAAUGCAAAUUAUUAUUGGAAACUGAGCUUGAAAAAAUAAUUGAUUCAUUUAAAAGUGAUCGAAUUUUUAUUGAUCGUCAUUGGACAAAUAUUCAAUGUUAUUUUGAUAGAGUUUCCUUAUGUCAACAUAUAUCAUCAAAUCGAAUAAUCAAACCUAAAUUAUUUCAUGGUAUUAUAGAUUAUCGAAUGAUUUUUGAUUGGGAAGAUAUUAAAUAUUUGAAAAUUGAUUUAUGUCCAUCAAUUUAUUCAUUUCUUAGUCAAUUUGAUAAAAUCUAUCCUCAUAUUAGAUCCAUUCAAUUUAAUAUAGGACAUCAUAAACAUGUUAGUUCCAAUGAAUAUUCAGUAUUUUUACAGUCAACAAUGAAUAUAAUAGAUCAUCAAUUGACUGAUAUUCAUUUUCGAUAUGUUACACGCCUUGACUUUGGAUCUGGUUUUUGGCGUGAUGGUGGUAAAUUACAAUUUUAUAUUUGA